ACUAAGCUAACGGCCGUGCUGGAUUCUCAGCUUCGAGGUCUCUUGUUCUCUGGGCUGCGGCCUAGAGCGUCUCCCAUCCCAACCCAAGCUGAGGUACGCGGGCGUUGUGGGUCUUUACCGGCCAGAGGCGCUUCCUGCGGAUUCCCGGGGCUGCUGAGCGGACACCUGGAGCGUCCCCACUCACACGCUCCUGCAAUGUCUGCCAUUCUGAAAGACGCUUUUAGGUCCUGGACUUGAGCUUUCUGGGAAACCCAGCUGGCUUGUUCUCAGACUGCUGCCGCCUCAACAGUGACUUUGUGCGUCAGUGUCGUGGAGAAACAGCGACAGUCCCCACUUGGAGAUGUGACAGAGGAAAGGAAGGCUUUUGGUGACAAGCAAAAAUCCCUGCCUUUAAAAAGAGGAGAGUUUAGUUUUCAUCCAGUGGAAACCGAGGGCUUUCCAGUAAGAGAAACGUUGCUGACCCGUUAUAAACUAGGAACCCACUUACGCAUACUCAGAACGUACUGAAUUGUAAGGCUGAGUAAGCCCUCAGAAAUGGAGGCUUUGUAGCCUAUAGAUAAGUCUCUUUACAUUAAGGAAAAACGAAUUCAAACAAUGAUUACCACCCAACUUUAUAGGACUCAGGAAUGUGUCAUGCCCAAAGCCAGUGUCAAGGACACCACUUGAAAAGUUGCUGAGAAAAAAAAAAAAAUCUGUCAACGUAGAGCAGGUAGAAAAGGGAAGCUUUGUGAAAUAUUAGAAUCCCCGUAGAGUGGGAGAAAAUUCUGAACUGUCUUCACUGCCAGUUUUUGGCCAACCUGAACUACUUUCAGCUGUAAUGCAUACUAACAGAAAUAAGAGGAAAACCUGAUUUCAACACUAAACUUGCACAAUGUCUUUGAAACCAAGAGUAGUAGAUUUUGAUGAGACAUGGAACAAACUUUUAACGACAAUCAAAGCUGUUGUCAUGUUGGAAUACGUUGAAAGAGCAACAUGGAACGAUCGCUUCUCAGAUAUCUAUGCUUUAUGUGUGGCCUAUCCUGAACCCCUUGGAGAAAGACUUUAUACAGAAACUAAGAUUUUUUUGGAAAAUCACGUACGGCAUUUGCACAAGAGAGUUCUGGAGUCUGAAGAGCAAGUACGUAUGUAUCAUAGGUAUUGGGAGGAGUAUAGCAAAGGUGCAGACUAUAUGGACUGCUUGUAUAGGUAAGUAUCUCACACCCAGUUUAUUAAAAAGAAUAAAUUGACAGAAGCUGACCUUCAGUAUGGCUAUGGUGGUGUAGAUAUGAAUGAACCACUUAUGGAAAUAGGAGAGCUAGCAUUGGAUAUGUGGAGGAAAUUGAUGGUUGAACCACUUCAGACCAUCCUUAUCCGAAUGCUGCUCCGAGAAAUAAAAAGUGAUGAUCGUGGUGGAGAAGACCCAAACCAGAAAGUAAUCCAUGGGGUUAUUAACUCCUUUGUUCAUGUUGAACAGUAUAAGAAAAAAUUCCCCUUAAAGUUUUAUCAGGAAAUCUUUGAGUCUCCCUUUCUGACUGAAACAGGAGAAUAUUACAAACAAGAAGCUUCAAAUUUAUUACAAGAAUCAAACUGCUCACAGUUAUGGAAAAGGUUUUUCCUCAUAGUAGGUCAUGACUAUAAGAAUAUAUUUCUAAAGGUUCUAGGUAGAUUAAAAGAUGAAGAAAUUCGAUGUCGAAAAUACUUGCAUCCAAGUUCAUAUACUAAAGUGAUUCAUGAAUGUCAGCAACGAAUGGUAGCAGACCACUUACAGUUCUUACAUGCAGAAUGUCAUAAUAUCAUCCGACAAGAGAAAAAAAAUGACAUGGCAAUGUAUGUCUUACUUCGUGCUGUGUCCACUGGUUUACCUCAUAUGAUUCAGGAGCUGCAAAAUCAUAUCCAUGAUGAGGGCCUUAGAGCAACCAGUAAUCUUACUCAGGAAAAUAUGCCAACACUAUUUGUGGAGUCAGUUUUGGAAGUACAUGGUAAAUUUGUUCAACUAAUCAACACUGUUUUAAAUGGUGAUCAGCACUUUAUGAGUGCAUUGGAUAAGGCCCUUACAUCAGUUGUAAAUUACAGAGAACCCAAGUCUGUUUGCAAAGCACCUGAACUGCUUGCCAAGUACUGUGACAACUUACUAAAGAAGUCAGCAAAGGGGAUGACUGAGAAUGAAGUAGAAGACAAACUCACGAGCUUCAUCACUGUUUUCAAGUAUAUCGAUGAUAAAGAUGUUUUUCAAAAGUUCUACGCAAGAAUGCUGGCGAAACGUUUAAUUCACGGGUUAUCUAUGUCUAUGGAUUCUGAAGAAGCCAUGAUCAAUAAAUUAAAGCAAGCCUGUGGUUAUGAGUUUACCAGCAAGCUUCAUCGGAUGUAUACAGAUAUGAGUGUCAGUGCUGAUCUCAACAAUAAGUUCAACAAUUUUAUCAAAAAUCAAGACACAGUAAUAGAUUUGGGAAUUAGUUUUCAAAUAUAUGUUCUACAGGCUGGUGCAUGGCCUCUUACUCAGGCUCCUUCAUCUACAUUUGCAAUUCCCCAGGAAUUGGAAAAAAGUGUACAGAUGUUUGAAUUAUUUUACAGCCAGCAUUUUAGUGGAAGGAAACUUACAUGGUUACAUUAUCUCUGUACAGGUGAAGUUAAAAUGAACUAUUUGGGCAAACCAUAUGUAGCCAUGGUUACAACAUACCAAAUGGCAGUUCUUCUUGCCUUUAACAACAGUGAAACUGUCAGCUAUAAAGAGCUUCAAGACAGCACUCAAAUGAAUGAAAAGGAACUGACAAAAACAAUCAAAUCAUUACUUGAUGUGAAAAUGAUUAACCAUGAUUCAGAAAAGGAAGACAUUGAUGCAGAAUCUUCAUUUUCAUUAAAUAUGAACUUUAGCAGUAAAAGAACAAAAUUUAAAAUUACUACAUCGAUGCAGAAAGACACCCCACAGGAAAUGGAGCAGACUAGAAGUGCUGUAGAUGAGGACCGGAAAAUGUAUCUCCAAGCUGCUAUAGUUCGUAUCAUGAAAGCACGAAAAGUGCUUCGGCAUAAUGCCCUUAUUCAAGAGGUGAUUAGCCAGUCAAGAGCUAGGUUUAAUCCUAGUAUCAGCAUGAUUAAGAAGUGUAUUGAAGUUCUGAUAGACAAACAGUACAUCGAACGCAGCCAAGCGUCAGCAGAUGAAUACAGUUACGUAGCGUGAUGUCGCUCUCCUCUAGUGUGGGUGUGAGAAGAUCAUUGCCAUCACCAUUUGGUGUGUUCCUGUGGGAAAAAGCAGGCCUGUGCCUCCAUAAUUUGGUCAUUUGGCAGCCCCUGUUUUUCUGCUGUUUACAACAUCACCAGUGCCACGUCAUGAGCGUCAGAGAAAAUGCCUAGAGAUAUUUCAAGCUCAUGUCAUUAUGACAUUUCUUAAAACUUUAUUAAAAGAAUGAGUGAAGUAUUGCUGAAAUGUGGAAAUUUGGUUGGGUACCAUGCUUUUUCUCCCCUUCACGUUUGCAGUUGAUGUGUUUUUUUUUUUUAAUGUAUCUUAAAGGACAUAAAAUAAAAAACUUAAAUAUUGUAAUAUGACAGAUAACCUAAUAAUUGUAUCUACAUUAAAAUGACAAACAUGAUAUUGCUGCUUGUCAAAUAAAAAAAAUAAAGAAAUA